AUGUCAGCUGAAAACCAAGAAGAAUUGUUAGACUACUCUGACUCGGAGGAAAUUACAGUUCCAACCACCGGACAAGUCGGCGAUGGUGAUGCAUCCAAUGAUAAAGAAGCUGAUAAAAAAGGUUCUUAUGUUGGUAUUCAUGCCACUGGUUUCAGAGACUUUUUAUUAAAGCCGGAAUUGUUGAGAGCCAUUGGUGAUUGUGGUUUUGAACAUCCUUCAGAAGUCCAGCAAGUUUGUAUACCUCAAUCUAUUUUGGGAACUGAUGUUUUGUGUCAAGCCAAAUCGGGUUUAGGUAAGACAGCAGUUUUUGUUUUGUCAACAUUGCAACAAUUAGACCCUAUUCCAGGUGAAAUCUCUACCUUAGUCAUUUGUCAUACAAGAGAAUUGGCAUACCAGAUUAGAAAUGAGUAUGCCAGAUUUUCCAAAUAUAUGCCCGAUGUCAAAACCGAAGUAUUUUAUGGUGGUACUCCAGUUAAAAGAGAUAUUGAGAAAUUAAAGAAUAAAGAUACCUGUCCUCAUAUAGUUGUUGCAACACCAGGUAGACUACAUGCUUUGGUUGAAGAAAAAGCAAUAAGAUUGAACAAUGUCAAGUCGUUUGUUAUUGAUGAGUGUGAUAAAGUUUUAGAGCUGAUUGAUAUGAGAAGAGACGUUCAGGAUAUUUUCCGUGCAACUCCUCACCAAAAGCAAGUUAUGAUGUUUUCGGCUACCUUGUCACAAGAUAUCCGUCCAGUUUGUAAAAAAUUCAUGCAAAAUCCAUUAGAGAUUUAUGUUGAUGAUGAGGCUAAGUUAACGUUGCAUGGUUUGCAACAAUACUACAUCAAGUUGGAAGAAAAGGAAAAAAACAGAAAGUUAUCUGAUUUAUUAGACUCUUUAGAGUUCAAUCAAGUUAUCAUUUUUGUUAAAUCUACUCAGAGAGCUAAUGAAUUGAACAAGUUAUUAUGUGCAUGUAACUUUCCUUCAAUUGCUGUUCACUCAGGUUUACCACAGGAGGAAAGAAUAGAAAGGUACAAGUCGUUUAAGGAGUUCAACAAGAGAAUCUGUGUCUCAACUGACGUUUUCGGUAGAGGUAUUGAUAUUGAAAGAAUCAAUUUGGCUAUCAAUUAUGAUUUGCCAAACGAGGCUGAUCAGUAUUUACAUAGAGUUGGUAGAGCCGGUAGAUUUGGUACAAAAGGUUUAGGUAUCUCAUUUGUCUCCACUAAAGAAGAUGAAGAGGUAUUGGAAAAGAUUCAAAGUAGAUUUGAUGUGAAAAUUACCGAAUUUCCAGAAGAAGGUGUUGAUCCCUCAACUUAUAUGAAUACUUAG